GUACUAUUUUGAAGGUACGUCAAAUUGACGAUUCUAUAAUGAUAAUUCCGGUAAAUAUAAUAUUGUUAAAGAGUUUUCGACGCCUAUUGAAGAGUUUUAGUAUUAAUUGAAUAAAUACUUGUGUUUUUACAGUAAGUGCACAUGUUUUUAUACAAAUGGGAGUUAAGUAAUUUAUUGUAGAGGUGCAUUAGAAUAGCGCCAUAAUAAUUGAUUCAUUACUUGAGUACAUAGUGUUUAGAGCGCUGACUAUCAUGACAGACACGAGACGAAGAGUUAAGCUUUACGCUCUGAACGCAGACCGACAGUGGGAUGACAGAGGAACGGGACAUGUGUCGUCAUGUUACGUAGAGAGGCUGAAAGGCACCUCUCUACUGGUGCGCGCAGAGUCCGACGGGUCCCUUCUCCUAGAGAGUAAGAUUCAACCCGAUACAGCGUAUCAGAAGCAACAAGAUACCUUGAUAGUAUGGUCGGAAGGUGACAACUUUGAUUUAGCAUUAAGUUUUCAAGAAAAAGCUGGCUGCGAUGAAAUAUGGGAGAAAAUUUGUCAGGUACAAGGAAAAGAUCCAUCAGUUGAAAUAACACAAGACAUAGUUGAAGAAUCAGAAGAUGAGCGGUUUGAUGAGAUGUCAGAUAGUGUGCAGCCUGUGGAGCUGCCUGCAUGUGAAAUGGGCCGUCUCGAGGACAUCAGUGAACUUGUGAAUAGCUGUCUGGUAUCACCAGCUCGCAAAGACAAGCUUGCAGCUGCCCUGGAGACACAACAUUACAUCAAGAAACUACUCAACCUGUUCCACAUGUGUGAAGACAUUGAAAAUAUUGAAGGAUUGCAUCAUCUUUACGAAAUAUUCAAAAGUAUAUUUCUUCUCAACAAAAACACACUGUUUGACACAAUGUUUGCUGACGAUACUAUAUUCGAUGUUGUGGGUUGUCUAGAGUAUGACCCAAGUUUGCCUCAACCUAAGAAACACAGAGAGUAUUUACGAGAGCUAGCCAAGUUCCGUGAGGCCAUUCCUAUAAAGAACAAAGAUUUGCUAGCUAAGAUACAUCAAACAUACAGAGUACAGUACAUUCAAGAUAUUGUUUUACCUACUCCUACAGUUUUUGAGGACAAUUUGCUAAGCACAUUGUCCAGUUUUAUAUUUUUCAACAAAGUAGAAAUAGUGAAACUUAUAGAAGAAGAUGAGAAAUUUUUGACAGACCUAUUUAAACUUCUUAUGGAUGAUAAGACACCAGAUCCUAAAAGACGGGACUUGGUUCUGUUUUUAAAGGAAUUUUGUAAUUUUUCACAAAACUUGCAACCUCAGGAUAAGGAUGCUUUUUAUAAAACUUUAGUGUCUCUAGGGAUCCUGCCAGCAUUAGAAAUCACUCUAAGUAUAGAUGAUCAGAAGACUAAGACUGCAUCUAUAGACAUUUUAACUUACAUAGUAGAGUUCUCCCCUUCCGUAGUGAGGGACCACACACUACAGCAGGCUAACAAUACUGAAGAGGAACAAAUGUUGCUAAACAUAGUGAUAGAGCAGAUGCUCCGAGACAGAGACCCGGAACUGGGUGGUGCAGUGCAGCUCAUGGGAGUCCUCCGUAUACUCCUGGACCCUGAGAGCAUGCUGGCAUCGGUUAACAAGAGUGAAAAGGCAGAUUUCUUAAACUUCUUCUACAAACACAGUAUACAAACCCUAAUAGCUCCUCUAUUAGAGAACACCACAGGUGAAAAACCCCUGAAGGAGGACUAUCACACGGUGCAGCUACUGGGACUGGUACUGGAACUACUGGCCUUCUGCGUUGAGCAUCAUACAUACCACAUAAAGACCUGCAUAUUGAAUAAGGAUCUACUUCGUCGCAUACUGGUGCUGAUGAGGUCGACACACACGUUCCUAGUGCUGGGCGCGCUCAGGUUCAUGAGAAAGAUCAUUGCACUCAAGGAUGAAUACUAUAACAGAUACAUUAUUAAGGGCAACCUCUUUGCACCAGUUAUAGACGCUUUCCUUAGAAAUAACGGCAGAUACAAUCUACUAGACUCUGCAAUACUAGAAUUAUUUGAGUUCAUCAAGCUGGAAGAUAUCAAGUCACUUUGUUCACAUGUCGUAGAAAACUAUGGAAAGAUCUUAGAAGACGUUGAGUAUGUGCAGACAUUCAAAGCUUUAAAAACACGGUAUGACCAACACCAGGACAAGCUGAAAGAGAGGGAUCGAGGUGAGACCACAUUGAGUGGCAGCGUCGGCGUGGCAGAGGCCGUGGUACCGUCUCUACUGCGCACGCGCUACAGGCGGGAGGCGCGAGCGCCGGACGACGAGGAGGAGAUGUGGUUCAACGACGACGACGAGCUCGACGACGAGCCGCCGCUCGAGCAGCCCGCGCAUGCCCACCCGCAUCACGCGCUCGACGCUAUCGGAAAAAUAGUUGAAAAGAAGGUUUGCUCGAAUACCGAAACAGUAAACGGGCCGAGCAGAGUCCUCCUAAGCACUACAUCGCCCAGCAAGCCAACGCACACUGACGUUCAGGUAUCCUCGCCCAGAUUACUCAAUAAGGGGCUGGUGGAUUACGACGGCGACUCAGACGAGGAGGAGGAGGGCGGCGGCGCGGGCGGCGGCGGCGGCGACGAGCGCGACGCCAAGCGGCCGCGCCUGGCGUAGUGCCGCAGCCGCCGCCUGUUUCAAGGAAUAUAACCACUGAGCCGCCCGCCUCGCUGCGCUGUGCACGUGUCCCAGUGAAACCAUGGAACAUGUCGUAAGAUUAACUUUACUGUACGCUGUGGUAUUUAUAUCUGUCCGCGGUGGCACUCUGUCGCGACUCAGACGCGCCGUGUCUGCCUGCGACAGAGGCCUCGUGGCGGGACAAGGCGCGGGGCCGAGGCAGCGGCCUCGCCAGAGGCCGGACAUGGCGGCACCUGGACGCUCGUGUUCAGGAUGCGAUAUUGUGAUUUCUAGAUUCUAAGGUUUCACUAUCACUGCCAUCCGUAGCUCUUCCAUCUCCCUUGUGUCCCCGUACCUCGCCCUCGUCACGAUUUCCAGCAGAUUGCAUUUAAAUUCGACACAAUCGGUCGUUUAUACUUGCUCUCGUUAGUCAACCGCUAGACAGUUAAGUACCUCCAGCAGCUGGGUUAUGUCCAUUAUUUGUAAAUAUGAAGUGCUGACACUCGAGUGUUCGACGAUAGUUAGUUAGUGUAUGAAGUUCUUCAUACUUUGUAGUGUAAUAAUAUACUUCAGAUGGCAUCAGAAAGUAGAACAAAUAGGUAUUGGUUACAAGGUGUAUUUAAUGUGAACUAAUUUUAACGAUUAGGUUACUUUUGUCAAGGAUUGUAAUCACAAAAAGUACAAAGAAAAUAUGAGUGGGAAUUAAAAGUCUAAUAAUAAAUAAUAAUAGAAAAAAGUAAAACACCCUGAACGCGAUAUGAAAAUGUAUAAAUGUACGUAUUUAUAAAAAUCUUAGUUUAUGAAGGAUCACACGACCAAUCUUUUUUUAGAGACAUAAAAUCAUAAUCUGUGCUGUGGAAUUGUUAUUCAAUAGUGCGCUAUCACGACAGGUUGGCAUCCAAUAAUCUGUUGCCAGAACUUCAUCAUAUAAUGUGGUUAUCAUUGUGAAAUAGUCGUCUAACGGACAUCAGCAAACACAAGUCAGCCGACAAAAUAAGAUUCGUAGUAUCAAAUAUACGAGUUAUUUAUUCUCAUUAUUUUGCAUUCCUUCUGUUGAGCUUCGUGGAGAUUACAGUUUGUAUUUUCAAUAAUUAUUUUUUCAGUACUCAUUAUUUACACAGGCCUUGUUUUAAGCAUGUAGUAUAUUUGCGAUAGUAAUCUUAUUUGAUUUUUAUUGUAAACAAUCUCCGAAAAGCUCUGACUUUGUUGAGAGUAGAGAAUAGUUUUGUAUGACUUAUUAUUUUUGUUAUAUUUGCAUGACCCUUAAUAUGAAUGAUACUAACAUUUUAACUGUUACAAAUAAGCAAUUCCUAUUUAUAAAAAUGUUCUGUAUGCUACUACUAAGACAGGCAUUUGUGGCAUGUUGUAAGUAGUUAAAAUGUUACUAAUUUUUGAGGGUAAUAUAUUUUAUUUGAACUGAAUUCCCAAAGUGUGACUAGCAAUUUAUCGCUUAUGACGAUUAGCCAAAAUUAAAACUAUUGUAAAGGGGUUGUGUUUUGGGACACGCUGACUGUCCUUAUUAAGGUUUAAAUUAAAAACGACAUAAUUAUUAAAAUUAUCACUGGUUAUUUUGUUAUAUGAAAAAAAAAACACAAAGUUUUGCGUAUUUACGUAGUUGCACCCAAAUUCAAUUGUUCUCAAUUUAUUGUCCCACUUAAUUACGUAUUUUACUCUUGAACAGUCAGCGUGUCCAUUUGUGUUAGAUCUGGAUCCUGACUAUUACACUACCAAAAUCUUUGUAAGAAAUGCUACCAAGUAUGGUCCUAUGUAUGCAAAAUUUUGAACAAAAACGUUCCUGUUCUCUACAUAAGUCCUUUUGUUUUCAUUGGCAGCUACGAUUUCCUACUAGUUGCUUUGUUAAUAAAAUAUUGUAAAAUGAUUUUAUGCUGUCUAAUUUUGUCUGCUUUUAAUCUGUUGUAGAUAAAAUUUUGUAAAACUCUGACUGGCUUGUUUAGAAUGUUUUUUGGGAUCCAGAUUUACCAUGUUGUUUUGAUUUAGCAGGCAACGAUACAAAAUUAAUACAUUGGCUGCCGGAUUAUUGUUGUGUAAUGUAGUGACGCCGUGUCACUGCGCAAGGUACCGGUGACGUCAUCACGUGUCGUAACUCCCGCCGCCAAUGUGUUAACUUAUGAUUAAGAACAUCAGUGAUUUAUAUGAAUUCCUUAUAAUAUAGAUUAAAUGUAGGUAUAUUUUCCUAUAAAUCCCUGACUGUUGGGAAUGCCAGUGACGGAUCCAUUUCAUCACCACGGAUGCAGGCACGGAAAAGACAAAUGUUCUUUUUGUUUUAUUUAUUGAUAUAAUUGUAUGUUCGACAAGAAUGUUUUUGUUUUAUCUGAUAAAUUCUGCUCUUGAGAAGAUUGUGUAAUGUCAUGAAAUGGAUCCCACUAGCGCCAUCUUCAUAUUGCCUACAUUAAAAAUGAAUUAUAAAAUCAGUAUUAAAUUUUUCUUUACUUUCAACAAACUGUUUCCUAUCUUUGCUUAUAUGAUUGUUUGUAGCUUUUUUACACUGCGGAAGUAAUGUGUAUGUGAUAAAAUUAUCUGAUUAAGAUCCAUUUUAUUUUAUUACUAUAAACCUCUAGUUUUAUCAUUCGUAUUUUGUAAAUAAUAUUAGAUUUUGUAAAAUACACUUAAUCUGGUGAUUAUAAACAUCUAUCUAUAAUAAAAUAAAUAUUUUGCAUAAUCACAUGUCGCCAGACACGAGUUAGAUGGAGUGGUCCAAACCUUAACACAAACAACAAUCAGUACUGAUCUCAGUUCAAAGUCGAUAACUGGCUUCCAAUUACCUUGUUAAUUUCAACCCUAAUACAAAUGUAGCAGUGCUCAAAUUCGAUAUCUGGUCAAGGGGUUUAAUUCAUUACGCGUUAGUGUAUUAUUUUGCAUUUCCAUAAUGCUCUUCCAUAUGUAUCAAAAAUAUUCUAACUACUAUAGAUACUUUCGUAAGACCUAGUUUUUUGUAGUUGCAAGUUUAACUUAAGAUAAAUUUCAGAAAUGUAAAUAUUUCUGAUUUAGUGUGACACAAGAUGCGAUGGAGCCAUAUUAUCAAAACAUAUUGAUUAUUAUUUUAAAAGCAUAGCUUGAUAUGAUACAUUUAAUAUUUUUUAGUUAAAUUGAAUAAUGCUCGUGGAGUGUAUUAUAUAUAAAAAGUGUGCAACAGUUGUCAUAGACAUUGUUCAUAAUAUAAUUUAUAUUAUUAGCUGUAUUGUCUGUCGAUUAUAAACUCCUGGCGGCAUGAUUAUUCGAUUAAUGUCUGCGAACAGCGCACGCCACUGUGACGUUAUGGCCGCGGCCGGUGGCUCGCUACGAGCAUGCAGUCUGUGCAUCAGCCGGCCCGCUAUUUACUCUGAGUAGCAUGCUGCAGACACGGCACAGCUCGUGCAGUGCCUGCGGUAUGCCUCACGUUAACAAAAGGUAACUGAACUGAGCACAAAUACAACAGUAUACUUUCUACACAAUCUUGAUACUUUCACUAAACAAUGUUUCGGGUCUUAUUUCCUAAUUUUUCACAUUAUUAUCAUUUGACUACCUUGUGUAACGUCUCUAAAAUACAUAUCAAUUUUAAUAUGUAUCUGAAAAAGAAUUAUUGAUCUCUGUCAUAAGAUUUUACAUCUUAGCAAAGAAAUCCACUACCGCCACUAUUGUAACUGUAAUAUGAUGGUCACACUUCUAUAUCAGUGCAAAUAACUCCAGCUUUUCAUUCAUGAAUGCACAGUGAACGCGAGGCGAAUUCAAUUAUUACAUACGUGGAAUGAAUUUGUCAGAAUAUAUUGUAAAUAUAUAACGUUUUAUGUAAUAAUUUUAUUUUCAAAUCUGCCAACAUCCACGUGUAUAAUAGGCUAAAAGCAUCGAGCUGUCAAUUAGAUUUAUACGAUUCUUAUAUUCCUUGAAAUAACUUCCCCGUUAAUUAAAAUACGAAGUUCUAGGUGAAAGUAGACUGUAAUAAUGACUAUUUUUUAUCUGUCUAGGUGGAUGACCAUCAUAAAUUAAUUUAUACACAGAUUAAAAUAGAUUUACCUAUCGGCAAGUUGUGUAAAAUAAAUAAGCUUACGAUAAUGCUAUUAUUAUGAUGUCACUAGUUAAGUAAGCAAUAUAAAUAUAAGGUAAUAAUUACGAA